UUCCGCGCCAUUUUCCAUUCGAACACUCAUUAUGGUCACUCUGAUAUACCAAAGCUGUUAAACUAAGUUGAAGAAUUUGCUAAGAAGUUUCCUAAAUGAGUUAAUUUUUUAAAUUUUUAAAUAUAUCGCAGUUUAUCUGUCUCUGUUGUAUUUUUUUUAUCAAUCUACGAUUUAUUAUCAGUUUACAGAUUACUAACCCUUUCUACUAUCGAUAAAGGGUUUAGAAACGUCGAACUAUUAGGGCUUAUCAAAAGAUUUGCCUUACUUAUAUGAGGAAUAAUGAAUAAUAAGUAUUAUUUGGAGUGUGUGAUUGCCAUUCUUGUUGUGUCUUGCUGCUUUGCUUAUUAUGAGGACGAGGAUGAUGACGAUGGCCCAUUGAAAGAGAACAUUCGAAGAGGCGGCUAUCUACCGGUACCUCCAUACUUGCUUGAAGAUGAAGCCGAUGAUUUUACUCAAGAAUUUGCUUUUAAUCGAUGCCCUUGGAUAAGGAAUAAAUUGAAAAACGGAAGAGUUAAGAUUCGGAACAGAGGCCGGAUUGCUAAGUUCCUGUGUGACCCCGGAUAUGAACUUGCAGGAAAAAGAUUCUCAACAUGUGUGAGGGGUCAAUGGAACAAUCCUAUACCUGUUUGUGUCGCCCGAGGAUGUUUCAGACCCCCGGAAGUACCGAACUCACGAAUAACAGAAGCUUAUCGUGGAGCUAUACUCAUGUAUGAUUGUCACCCUGGUUACACUUUAGAAGGUCCUGCUGCUCUCUAUUGUGAUGGAAGGACAUGGACAUCAGAUGUUCCAACUUGUGAGGUGGCAAUAACGAAUGCUUCCUUGUCAUGUGACUUUGAAGAUCCAGAUUUAUGUGGAUGGUCGCAAGAUCCUACUCAUGACUUUGACUGGAAACGAAAUCAAUUUUCUACUCCAUCUGGACACGCUGGUACUGGUCCAUCUUAUGACCACACAUUUGGAAGUGGGAAAGGAGGUUUUUACUUGUAUCAAGAAGUAUCUUCUCCGAGAAAACCUAAUGACAUAUCUCGUCUUUUUUCACCAGUUUAUUCAGAACAUAAAAGUGGAGGAUGCUUUUUAUUUUGGUAUCAUAUGUACGGAUCUACUAUUGGAGGUCUCAAAGUAUAUGUUAAGCCCCAAAGUCAUGUAUUUGGAGAAAUGUCCGCAACUUGGGAAUUAUAUGGAGAUCAAGGAGACAUGUGGAGACGGGCUAAUAUCUCGAUACCGAGAUUUGCAGAAAACUUUCAAAUUGUAAUUGAAGGUAUUAGAGGUUCCAACUACAUUGGUGACACAGCUAUUGAUGACGUAUAUCUGUCUACCACACCUUGUGACGAAAUUGGAAACUCAACUGAUCACAUAUCUUACACAGCUUCGAAUUCAUGCAGAGGAAGAUGUAGAGAAGCUGAAAUUUCUUCGUAUUGUGGUUGCAACGAUGAUUGUCAUGCGAAUGGAAGCUGCUGCUUUGAUUUUAUGAAAAUAUGCACUGGAAACUAUGAUACUCCGGAAAACGAAAAUCCUUCAGAAGAGCAGGCCACAACAUUAACUUCAUCAACGAUAACAACGACGGGCAGUGGUGAAAAUGUUGUACCGGAAAUAAUUGUUACAACCUCAUCCUCACUUUCUACAGAAUCAGAUAGCACAAGUUCUUCAUCUGUAUCAUCCCCGUUCAAUUCUACUUCUGGUAUAACAACUUCGAUAACUACUCCGGUCCCAAAAGAGCAUGAAUUAAUUACUGCCACAAGCUACUACGCAACUACUACGCAAUCAACAACCAAAAUGACACAACCGGCAACUAUAACAACCACAACAAUGUCUUCAUCUUCAGCACCAAGCACUACAACUACGCCCACAAGUACAACAGCCAUUCCUACUACUACCACCACUACCCCUGAGCCUACAACUACUACAUCUACGCCUACCCAAACUGCACAAAAUAUUACUACGAUUGCACUUACCACUACUAUCACAUCUAUGGCACCGAUAACUCAAAAAGCAAGUACAAUACCUACAAUUAAUAGUACAUUUCCCUCAACUUCUAAAACAAUCCUAAUUACUUUACCUGCAACAAGAACAUCUACUGCCGAAUCCCUAACUAAUGCAUCACAGUCAGCUAGUGCAACUAUCAUAAAUUUGCAAAGUAGCACGUUACCAACAUCCACUGUUUAUAUUAACACUAAACCUCCUUUUGAAACUCCUUCAACAACUGCAGCUCCUCCGAAGGAAUCUUCCGCAUUACCAACCACCAUCACCCUACUGCCUUCUACAUCAACAAGAAAAACGUACAAUUUAAGACCUAGGAAUAGAACAGACUUACCAACUACAACUUCCACUUCUAGAUCUGUAGUGUGGCCAGUAACUGCAACGCGACAAACUACAAGUAUAUCUAUUCAGCCUAGCAGAAGAACUACUUGGUCUUAUAGAACCACUACCAGUACAACUAAACAGCCUUCCAAAAGAACUACUUGGUCUUAUAGAACCACAACCAGACCAACUACUUUUAGAAGUAAACCAUCGACAAGGUUAUCUACUUCAACAGUAUCCAUUUCAACUGAAUUUUCUGUUGAAUCAGUGAAUGAGCAAGCAUCUAAAACUGAAUCGGCAGCUAUGAGCAGUACUCAGCCUACAAUCAUAAUUAUUUUAGUGGUUGGUAUUGUCGUUUGUUUCGUUGCUGGUGCUGCUUAUGUUAUGAGGAAACGUACUCAAAAAAGACAAUCUAAACUUUCUGAUGACUCUGAAAUGAGGUUUCUAUCUGAGAGUGAUUCUGUAGAAUAUUCAGAUCCAGCAGCUUUAGAAAAGAUGCUAAUACGUUGACUUUAGUGUGACUUAGAUAAUUUUGAAAAUUUAUUUAUUUAAAAUCAGAACAAAAACUGUAAGUAAAAAAAGCAUUUAUUUUUAUAAACAUUUGCAUGAAAAAAGAAAAAAAGAGGAUUUUUUUUUGAAAACAGAUAGAAAUAAAUAAAAGCAUUAUCUAGAUGUUUUCACGUUUCACUAUUAUGUGGUUUGAUAAAAUACUUGGAAAUUUUAGAGAAAAAUGUCAUUAAACAAGAGUUAAGACGUAACUAAGUUUCGUUUCAAAGAUAUUAAUGAUAAUAUGACAGAAAAUAAAGGUUUUUUAAAUAUAAAA